UUCAAUCAAUAUAAAUAUUCGACUUCAAAAGUGUACACAGUUCAGUUUACAUCGUCACAUCAACCGAAAAAAUCUCUACAGCAAACAAAAGGAUAAAGAAGAAUUAAAAGAAGCAACAUGGACACCAGAGCAUUAGGGGACACCACGCUACUCUACUCCCAUCAGGACAAGCCACGUAUUCCAGACUUGUUCGUCGCACAAAUAAUCUUUCUCAAAGCCACCGGACAAAUUCCAAUGAAUUUCGGUUACGGAUUGGGAUACGGCUUUUGCUUCAUCAUUAUUAUACAAUCUCUACACAUGGCUGUGCUCUUUUUGAAGACCGCCUAUGAUAAGCUGCUCGACGGCGAACUGGAGGAGAUCACCGACGCACUCACCAUGUCCAUCAUAUUUUCGUUUAGUGUUUAUGCCGGCUGCUAUUGGUUGCUGCGUUGGCAACGGCUAUUGGCUUUUUUGCAAUGUAUCAGUCAUCAUUAUUGGCAUCACUCGUUGCCCGGUUUGAGCUUUGUGUGCUGGCAUCGCACUUUCGUUUUGGCAAAACGCGUAACUAUCGCUUGGACACUAGCUUGUGUGGCCGGUACGGUGUUGUAUGGGUUGGGCCCGCUGGUGAUGGGUGCUCACGUGCUACCACUGAAGUGCUGGUAUCCCUUUGAUCCGUUGCAACCUUAUGUCUACGAGUUGGUGUAUGCUUUGCAAUUGUCGGCUCAGAUAAUAAUGGGCGCCACGCUUGGCAAUUGCUCCGCUUUGUUCGUUUCUUUGAUAAUACUCAUGUGCGGACAGUUCGAUGUGCUCUACUGCAGUUUGAAGAAUUUGAAUUACUAUGGUCGUCUCCGCGCCUGCUGUGAAGUGGAGAAAUUGCGCAAUGAACAAGCAGCACUGCCAAAAAUAUCUGACGAUGAACUGAAUCAGUAUAUGUAUUGCCGAGAACACUUAACUAAUCUCUCGACACUUCAACAUUUAUACACUCAAGAACCAGCGGUUACUUUGCCUAAAGCUCUGCAUAUGGCCGUAGUGCAGUGUGUACAAUUGCAUCGUUUUAUCCUGGAUGUCUGCAAGGAGUUCGAGGAACUUUUUAAUCCAUUUUGCCUUGUUAAAUCGAUGCAAGUUACUUUGCAGCUGUGUUUAUUGGUUUUCAUUGGCGUUGCGCUUUUGCUCCAGGGUGAACGUUCGACGGUGCGCAUUUUGAAUUUGGCCCAAUAUGCGAUUCUGACAUUCAUAGAAGUCUUGAUGUUCACUUAUUUUGGUGAAUUGUUACGCGGUCAUAGUGUGCGUUGCGAUGAGGCGUUUGGACGAUCGCAGUGGUGGACUCACUCCGUUGCCAUACGUAAGGAUAUACUCAUUUUAUUGGCGAAUAGUAAGCGUGCAGUUCGGUUGACGGCGGGUAAAUUCUAUGCAAUGGAUGUGGAGAGAUUGCGGUCGGUAAGUGUUGGAAAUGUGAUUUUAGUGUUGAGUUUUAUAGUUGAGUGGCGUUGGAGCGAAAGUAAUUUAUAAUUUUUCUUGUUUCUAUUUUUCAGGUGGUAGCACAAGCAUUUUCAUAUUUGACGCUCUUACAGAACUUGGCUGCAAAAAAUCCAAAAUAAA